AUGAGCAUUUAUGCCGAAGAUCGCUUGGUGCAAUUAAAACCGAAAUUUACACCCGAAAAACCGAAAGUGUUUGUACGCCCCAAACAUAAAAGCAGCGAUUGCUCCAGCGAGGAAAUAGAAGAUGAUCAUCUUUGCACUAAGGAAGCGGCUAAGAAAAGUGUUAAAUAUUAUUUACAAAAUACAACCUUGCAUGGCUUGAAAUACAUUGCCGAAGACAAAAUUACAUUACCCGAAAGAGUAUUUUUCGGGCUAUCUUUUAUUGGCGUGGUUAUACUAUCCGGUUAUUUCAUAUCCAACAUCUAUGUAAAGUGGUCCGCUUCGCCGAUAAUAAUUUCAACUAGUGCUAAGCAAACACUUGCCAGCGAUGUGCCCUUCCCAGCAAUAACCAUAUGUAACCUUAACCAGGCAUCUAAAAGUAAAGUACAAGGCAUACCCACUUCUUUUUAUAGACAAAAUUUAAAUUAUUCCUUACUCAUGAGCCUCUGUGGACAGAACCAAUUGGGAGAAUCGUAUAAUGUUAGAGGUACUUGGGCAAAUUUUAAAACCAUACUCAAAGCGGUUGCUCAACCCUGCGAAGAAAUGCUAUUGUACUGCAGCUUUGGUGCACUGCAAGAAAAUUGCUCAGUUAUAUUCAACUCCGCUUUAACAGACGAUGGCUUGUGCUGUACAUUUAAUGCUUUGGACCCAAUUUUUAUGCAACGAAAUUUCAGUGAUGAAGACCGCAUCUCGCCCAGAUCAUCUAACCAUUUUGUACCGAUGGAUUGGACACCUGAAAAAGGCUACAAUGCUGAUCUACCGAAAAACUAUUAUCCACGUGUGUCAGGCGGCACCGGCAGUCGUCUAGGACUAACAGUUGUUUUGAACUCUUCAGCUUCCGAAUAUUACUGCACGAAAUCGAAGAGUGUUGGUUUCAAGAUAUUGGUGCAUAAUCCCGCCGAACUACCGAGGGUGACCAAUUAUGGAUUUUUAGUGACAGCGGGACGAGAAGCUCGCAUUCCAGUCGAACCGAUCUAUGAGAACGCUGUACCUGGCAUACGCUCCAUACGUAAGGAGAAACGUCGCUGCCUUUUCUCCGACGAGGGCGACCUGACCUACUACCGCACCUAUUCGCGUAGGAAUUGCGAGAUCGAGUGCGAAGCGAAAAUUUUGAUCGAUAAAUGUGAUUGCGUACUUUAUUAUUUGCCACGCAUUAAUGCGUCAGCGCGUAUCUGUGGACCCAAUGACAACGCUUGCACGACUGAGGUCCAAACACAAAUCGAGUCGUCGGACAAGAAGGUUACUUGCGCCAAUUGCUGGCCGGCAUGCUUUGAACUGAGCUACAGGACAACUUUAACAUCGACAACGAUCACUUACGGGCAAUUCUUAACGGCCGAUGAGUGGCCGCCCGAGCUAUUCAAUUCAGCUACGAAUUUCUCUGAGAUAUCUAUUGUGAACUUUUACUACUUAUCUAGCAUAUUGCGCAGCACAACUAAAUCGGAGAUGUUCGGCUUCACUGAGUUUCUUUCCAACACUGGUGGUAUAUUGGGUUUAUUCAUGGGAUUCAGCAUCUUCUCGAUUAUCGAAAUAGUUUAUUACGUCACUGUGCGUCCCUAUUGCGCUAGCCGUACCAUGCAAAUGUCUCGUCGCCGUCGUCAUAAGAACACGAAAUGGCUGCGCGCUCUUCGGAGUAGAGUCAAGCCAGCAAAGUACGAAGACUCCUCCAAAUUUUGGUUGAAUGAGAUGCAACAGAAAAAGGUCAUGAAUUACAAAAACUAUCGCAAUAAUUUAAAUAAUAUAGUACUACAACAUAAACAAACGCAGAAUAAUGAUGGCAUACCGAUCUAUCCCUAUUUGGAGUAA